ACUAGGCAGGGUGGUCAGGGCACAGAAGGAAGGCCCCAGAAGAUGCUGCUUCUCCUGUUGGGCUGUUUCCUGCCUGCCACCCUUGGGAAGCGGUGCCUCCACUGCUGGCCAGAACUGUCUGCACUGAUGGACUAUGACCUGCAGAUCCUUUGGGGCACCCCAGGACCCCCCACAGAGCUCUCCCAAAGCAUCCACAACAUGUUCCUGAACAAGCAGGUCUCCCCCCAACUCUGGUACCUUGGUCAGGAUCAGCUGGAGGAAGAAGCAGCCAUAUUAUUCAUUCAAAUAGAUGAAGCCAUAAAGAGGUUGCGAGAUGAUAGGCAACAACUUAUGGAUGAGAUUCAAAUACAGAAGCAAAUGUUUGCUGAGAAGCUGAUCAAGAGAUCUGAGGAACUAAAGGAGAAGGCCUGCAACAAUUCCUGUGAAUUUUGGACCACGGAGGUCAUGAACUGUGUCAGCUGUGAAAUACACUAUCUCACCUGCCAUGACUCCACACUCUGCCCAGUCAAGCGCAAGUGGGACAUCGUCUGGGCUGUCAUCUUCAGUAUUUCUCUGCUCCUGGCCACCAUGGCUGGAGGUGGAGUCUUGGUGUGGUGGAUUGAGAAGAAGAAGAAGAAGAAGGCAAGAGAGGGACAGGCCAGGCUGUCCUCACCUCUGCUAUCAGAAAGUUCUUUCAGCUCUGAAUCCCGGUAACUCCCUCUCCUGACCCGCCCUGCCCCCGGGUGGUGACAAGUCUGAACUCCAGAGGCCAACAGCGCUUAUGGUGGCCUCAUGUCCACGUCCGUGCUUUGUAAAUGCCCUUCAUUAAAAUG